AUGGUGAAGAGCCUGUUACAGCUCCCUCUGCUGGACAGCUCCAAAUCCAUUCUGUCCAAAAGCAAUAAAAAAGAGCUGUUAUCAGGAUCACGACCCAUCGCCAGCGUAGCCAUCGUUCCAUCCUCUCACCCUGUCAAUCACAUCCAUCCCUUCCCCCUGGCUUUGCCCUUCACCCCCUGCUCUCCCAUGGCUCAUGAAAGAAAGUCAUUGGUUUCAAAAGACAUCAGAAAAAAGUCACAGAAUGCUCAUUUCGGGGUUAAUGAUUCUGUCUAUUUAUUUCAGAUUCCCAGCCUCAGCCACAGUGUGGUGUCUCAGACGAGUUUCCGGGCAGAAUACAAGUCCACGGCCGGCCCCACCGUGUUCCAAAAACCAGUGAAGUUCCAGGUGGACAUCACCUACACCGAAAGCACGGCUGCCACCAAGGAGAACGGCAUCUACUCUGUCACUUUCACACUGCUCUCAGGUCCCAGUCGACGCUUCAAACGGGUGGUUGAGACGAUUCAGGCUCAGUUGUUAACUACACAUGACCAGCCUGGUGUCCAGCAGCUGUCUGGAAAGCGUUCAAAGUGUGGCAGCCCAUUGAGUAACUUCUUUGACGUAAUUAAACAGCUCUUUUCAGACGAGAAGAACGGGCAGGUUUCCCAUCCGCCCGGCACGCCCAAGCAUGCCAACAGCAAGAGACACGAGCCUGAGCCUAAUGACUCCAAAUGUCCAUCUGGCCAAGACAAAGCCAAGAUGGCACCAUCAGUUGGGACACAGGAACAACCUUAAAACCUGGAGAAAUACUAGAUUAGUAGUUUUAAAAAUAAAAUAAAAGAAUCCAGUCAUGGUGACCACUGAAAGGAUGUUGUUGACUGAAGUACAACGUUUUAUAUAAUGGAAUGAGUACUGAAGUACUGUACGUACUGACCCGACACUUUACAAAAGGCGCAUACAGACACGCAUAUAUUUAUUUUCUCUCCAGUGUGGUUUUGUCUUCACAGUGUCUCUUUAAAUUCUGUUUGAUGAUGCCUUUAUUUAUUUAUUUCUGCUACCAGGAAUUAUCCAGAAAACGUGUUAAAGCCCAAGUCCCGCUCUUGCACAAGAUUCAAUGUUUGGCACAUUGAUGGAGGGCACAUUACACAGGAAGUUCAGUACAAGCCGCUGAGGGAAACUCCUCAAUCUGAUGCAUCUAAACACCCCAAACACCAACAAGAGCUGUUCCAACCUAUUCCUCAACUCCUUCCUCCUGCAGCUACUGUACAUAGAGCCACACAUGUCCAUGGAUUUGGAGUGGAGCCUUAAAAUAAAGAUGUUUAUGAAUUCUCAAUAAGCUAACCAACAAUUCAUCUUUUUGUUUAAAGAUCCUUGCUCGUCUUUUAUCCUAUUCCUUCUCUCUGCUGAUGCACACACAAACGUACAUACAGGACAUCGUUACAAAAGGACACAUGGCGAAUGGAACGCACGACGCACAUGUUUGGGGAGUUGCCCUCGAGGACCGUUGUUGGAUUGUAUUCUUUUCAUUGUAGUCUUUUUUUUUGUGAAAUGAAGAAUUUAAAGCAUUUUAUGAACUCAGUGUCAUUGCUGUACAAGAUUUGGAGAACCUAUUUGAAAAAUGAUGGGGUGCUGUGGACUGGGAUACGGGGGUGGGAGGGGGGGCGUCACAGUAAAUGAUCUAUUCUGUUGUACAGACUAAAAUAUUCCUUAUGUAACAAAUGUCUAUGAGUGACAUUGCUUAGAUGAAUUGUGUUGCCACAUACUGUUUUUUUUUUUUCUCAUGUAGCGUUUAUGAAAUGUUAGAUUUGAAUGACAAUUAUGCUUAAUGUAUUCAAGGAUGUCAAUUUUAAAUUUUUAUUUAUUUUGUGUUUAAUUUUUAUUGAGAAACAUCUGCAGGAUUCAGAGACCUUUUUAGAGACCUUUUUUUUCUCUCUAACUUAUUUAUGUGUUUUUUUGUCUUUUUUUAAUUUAUUCAGCUGGGGAAUACUUACAAAACCAGCUGGUGAAGAUUUUAUUUUUUGCAUCAGGGCGACUCGUCAGAUUGUUUGAAGGAUCUUGUGUUUUGUGUACGAUAACACUUAUCCGAUUUUGUGAAUGAAGCACUCUUUCUUUCCCGGCUUUGACCAGAUUAAAGAGCCUGUAGUAUAUGUUAAAUUAUUUACUGGUAAUUUAAGAAUGUAGACUAGCCUCUUUAGGGUGGGGGGGAGGGGGGUGAGGGAUAAUGAAGUAUUGAUAUUUGUCACUCAUCUCAUUGUGCGUGUAAAACAGGUGGACAAGCUCAAAUCACAUGUUGUAAAUAGACAACUUUGGGCAAAUGACUUUCUUAAAACCAUCAAGGGGAUCCUGCUGCUCCCGACUCUAUCUCUCGUAUUGCAUGUCCGACAUUAGGCUUUAAUUUGCAUGAUGUUGUGGAUGUUAAAUUUCUCCUCCCCUUCUCCUUUUCCAUCAUCGACUUGUUUCCCCCGUUAUCAUGCCUUCAUUUUCAGUUUGUCGUUUUUCUCUCUCAUCUCCCUUAUCGUGAACGCUUUCUCACCACAUGCUCUACUGCAUCAUGCUCUCGGUUUGGGGUUCUGGGAUGUCAUAACACUUGAUCACUUAUGGGAACAUACAGUGUGGAGAAUAAGUGGAGAUGUAAUCUAAGCAAUACACAUUGUUGUCCUUCAUAUUUUGUACUUUGGGAGAGCUGGAUUGUAAUGUAUCACGGAUUUGAAUAAUACAGAGCGGGAAAAAUAGAAUCGCCGCUAAUGUAUCCCCUUGUAACUACUGUGAACAACUUCAGUGCAACGGAAAUAAAUCCAUUGACUUUGGGAUGUU